GUGUGCAUAGCCAAUGUAUAGCUUUGGAAUUGAAAAUUCGAUCCGAGAAAAGAAAAACGCGUGUGCUCGUGAAUCCGUAAGACUUUAAUUAUUUACGCAAAGUGUGUGUCGUUCGUUGUGUUUAUGUAAUAAAAGAAAAACAAAGAAAAAUAUGUGUCGUAUCUCGUAUCAGGGACAAAAUUACAAGAGACUGUCGGGAUAAAUUUCACGGAGCACGCAAUUCUCUUUCUCCCGUGUGGAAUCGAAGAUUUCCAAUGGCAUUUAAUACGAGAGCGCAUAUCGUACAUAUAUAGAAUAUAUCGGAUGAGUAACAUAACAUUCGUUCGAUUUUAUUAUUCUUCAAGUGGUUUGACGCGUAAAAGUAACAAGUUUUUUAUCGUCAAUCCAACAUUUCAUACAAAAUACGUACACUUUAUCGAGUCUUACGCACGAAAUACUUCGAGUACUCGUAAUCGUUUGAUUUUAACCUCGCACAUGUCUCCUGUUUCGGCAAACUGACGCGCGUACAUAUUUACCCCCUCGAUAUUCUGUAAAAUUCUACUUGACGAAUGAUUCAUUCGUGCUAAAAUAAUUAAGUACACGGUAAAAAUUCGUGAAGAAUACUUCGAGUUUGUGCUGCUUAAAAAAAAAAAAAAAACAAAAAAACAAAAGAGAAUAACUCGCACUGAUCUCACUAUAGAUAUACACAUAUGUGUCUGUAUCUAUCUACAUAUAUAUAACGGAUCGUGGAUUAUAUCCAAAACAGCCAAGUGGCAAGUGGAAUUCUAUAGAUGCAUCGUGCAUCGGAAAAAUCACGCAAUCGUCGCACCACCUGCUGUGAAAGAUCACAUCGGACAAUUGACUGAGCUAGAAAAUUCUAAAUUUAAAAUAUUACAAAACAUAAUAAACGGAUCCGAAUUUUUUGGAUUUAACAUUAAAUUCGAAAAUAAAUUGACGUAUUCUUUGCCCAACACUGCCAAAAGAUUUGGCUGAGAUUCUAUUAAUUUUUUCAGAAAAAAAAGAGCAUUUGAAAUUUGAAAAAGAAGAAAUGCUUCACGCCGAGGCAUUAAUGAGGAAAAAAAAGCACAACUUUACCUGGAUUAAAAUGAACGAGAGGGCUGAAACUUCUGGAAGAGCGGUAAUAAGUAGAGAAGAGUGAGCAAUAAGAUAAAAGAGCUUGGCCCACCCGGAGUCAGGUGGAAAAAGAAAACCAAACGGCGAGCUGGUCUGGAAUAGCUCAUAAUGCGUUUGCCCUCGUGGUCUACCAACACGAUAGACUGUAAUAACAUUAGACGUUCGAAACCUCGCUCCAGAGUCAAAAGAAUACAGAGGACUAAGGAGAAAAUAGACGGAGAGUCGGAUGAGGACACAAAGUCGAAGAAGGAAUACUGUAGACAUUCGUGAGAGGAAAACUAGAAAAAGGAGAAACGACCGAGAUGAAUUCUGGCAGGCAAAAGCUGUUGUUGUUGUUGUUGUUGAAUAUAUAUACAAAUAAUACUCCGCACCAAUAGUCUUUGAAAAGCAAAAAAAGAAAAACGAGCCUCCGACGGACGUUUUUUUAUUAAAAAAGUUCCUCACAGCUUCUUUGUGCUUUGUCUGUCGCUCGACUUAGCCUAGAAGAGAGAGAAGAAAAGAUUCGAAGAGUAGUGUUGGCUCAGCGACGCAUAGGGCAUAAGCAGCGCAAAGAUCGACCGUCCGCUCUCUUCUCACAGAAUAUCUAGUCCGAAGCACGCCAUUAAUUGAGAAAUAUUCUAAAAUCCUUUUCAUCAAGGUGAUCCGGAGUUUCUUAACGGCAGAGAUAUCAAUCGUCAAAAUUGGCAGUCGUCAACUCGUCUAACAACAACGGCUCACGAAAAUAAUCUUGCAAAAAAGGCUGUUGGUCAUUUUCUCAGGCCGAUACAUCAAGACUGCUUUUUACUAAUAUUAUUUCGUAUUAUAAUAAAAAAUUAAAAGAGAAGAAUCCAGGGAAGAUAAGGAAAGCAGCGUGCAAAGGACCAAUGAAGAGAGUUCGAACGUUUGAAUCGGGUUCAACGGGCGGAGUGGUAUGCGGAGAGAGAAGAAUGAGAGAAAUGGAAACGGAAUUGGAGGAAAAAAGAAAUGAGUACUGGUACACAGGUUUGAGACAAGAAUCGAAGGGUGUGUGUUUCUUUGGAUAAAAGUGAAAAAGGGCGAUCGAGAUGCCCCUUUCAUUACCAAACGCGUUUGCCCCCAUGAGCACUUACACCACUCAGAAUUUCAUAUCGACCGGCGACAACAAUCAUUUGCCACCUCUGAAGGGUGGGAGCCUUCUGUUGAAACAAGUAGCGGGGGAAUCGCCGCCGAGUCAUCCGACCCGAUCGAGCCAUCCGCCUCCGGUGCUCUCCACUCAUUUGCCCAGUUUGAGUUCGAGCGUUAACAACAGCCUGCAAAACUUGACGAGCAAUUCCGAGGGUCCGAACCUGCAGCAUCCUCAACAGCAACAAAGUCUGAACUCGAGUCACGUCGUAUCGCAGCAACACGCGAAUCACAAUUCUCACUCUCAGGCAAACAGUCAGACGAACAGUCCACUCGUGAAAAAUGGACGGCUCGAUGCUCAACAGCAUUCCAACAGCAGCAGCGCCGGUGGCGGUGGCGGUAGCAGCGGAACUGCCAACGGAAGUGGAGCAGCCGGAAGCGGCGGAGCGGCCGGAAACAGCGGCAAAGUUAUUCCAAAGAUGGCCGUUACUCCGGAAAUCGUGAUGAAACUUUACAUGAACAAGUUGACGCAGUACGAGAGACACGAGAUAUACUCUUAUCCACAGAUUUACUUUAUAGGGGCCAACGCUAAAAAAAGGCCGGCCAGCUUCGGUCUACCGAACAAUCACAGUUACGAUAACGAGCAUGGCUCUUACACUCACACACCUCACGACCACGUCGCUUACAGAUACGAAGUAUUGAAAGUAAUCGGCAAAGGCUCCUUCGGCCAAGUCGUCAAGGCUUACGAUCACAAAAAUCACGAACACGUUGCCCUCAAAAUGGUUAGAAACGAGAGACGCUUCUCGCGCCAAGCACAAGAGGAAAUAAGAAUUCUUCGUAAUUUGCGGGAACAGGACAAGGACAAUACCAUGAAUAUUAUACACAUGUUCGACUCGUUUACCUUUCGCAAUCAUAUGUGCAUCACCUUCGAGCUUCUCAGUAUAAAUCUCUAUGAACUCAUCAAGAAGAACAAGUUUCAGGGAUUUAGUCUACAGCUCGUUAGAAAGUUUGCUCAUUCCUUGUUGCUCUGCUUGGAUGCCUUGUACAAGAACAAAAUUAUCCACUGCGACAUGAAACCGGAAAACGUUCUUCUCAAGCAACAGGGUCGAAGUGGCAUCAAGGUGAUAGAUUUUGGUUCGAGCUGUUACGAGUCUCAGCGGGUGUACACGUACAUCCAGAGUAGAUUUUACCGUGCUCCGGAGGUGAUAUUGGGUGCGCGUUUCGGGAUGCCAAUCGACAUGUGGAGUCUCGGUUGCAUAUUGGCGGAGUUAUUGACAGGAUUUCCAUUACUGCCGGGAGAGGACGAGGCGGAUCAAUUGUCUUGCAUAAUCGAGUUGCUCGGUAUGCCGCCAAGGAAGUUGAUCGAGAGUGCGGACAGAUCGCGACAUUUCUUCAGUUCGAAGGGUCAUCCGAGGUAUUGCAAAGCAACGACAAUCGCGAGUGGUUCGACGGUGUUGUUGGGGGGAGUUUCGAGGCGAGGAAAAUUCCGAGGGCCGCCGGGUUCGAAAGUGCUCAAAGACGCGUUGAAAGGUUGCGAGGAUCCGUUGUUUUUAGAUUUCAUAAAGAGAUGUUUGCAGUGGGAUCCGGAGCGUCGUAUGACGCCGAGCAAGGCGUUGCGUCACGCUUGGCUCAGAAGAAGACUGCCGAGACCGCCGGAUCACCCGGACAAGCCGGACAGCUCCUCAUCGGUCGUUUGCAACGCCGGUUGCGUCAUGAGCUCUUCAGUGCACGUACCGGCGGGGAGCGCAGUUUCCUCGGCGACCAGUCGAAUAAGCUCGACCAAAGGGAGCAUUGGAACCGCGACAGCGAUCCCCUCGAGCACCGUUGGCAAUGGCGCAGUCUCCAGUUCAACGAAUGCCUCCGCUUGCCGCUUUCCUACCACGCUCAAUUCGCAAACGCGGCACUCCCUACUGCUGCAGCAGCAGCAGCAGCAGCAGCAGCAACAGACCGCCCCAACGGUGCCUCAUCAAAACUCUGCUUCGACUACGUCCACGAAUCAACCAUCCUCUCUGCCUUCUUCUAUAAAUCAUCAACAAUCCGCCACUAGUUCAGCGGGCAGCGCCACCUUGCAACACAAUAAUUCACUCCAUUCGCACAACGGAGGAUCUCAUGGCUCUUUGCACGACUCCCACGGUCGCAGCUCUCACGGCUCCUCCGGGCUUUCCAGCCGUUUCAAAAAACAGGAGAGCUCCGGCGACUCGUGGCGGUAAGUUUUGACCUGCCCGUGUCUAUGCGUACGCGAGCGUGUGUGUGGGCGAGCUCUUACGCUUGAAAAUUGGGGCCGCUCAAUUUAUUCGAAAAAUGCCAUUAAGCAAGAGCAGAUGAAACAUUUCUGACAGAAAUUCAUUGCGAUCUUUCGUCGGUUCACUCAAUCAUGGACAUUUCGUGAUUUUAUUUCUUUUAUUGCUUCCUCAAUUUACGAAAACAAUUCCUUUUGCCCUUGCUUAAGUUUUCUUAUGUAAAAACAUCAAUUUUCUGUCAACAAACGAAACGUCAAACGAAAGUGGAAAUUUAAGCCUUUUUUGUUGACAGACAAAUUGUGUUGAGUUGUGUUGACAAAUUGUGACCCCGUUGAGUCACAAUUUUGAGUGAGAAAAAAAGUCGUUUCUGAGCUCGAAUGCACCUGACGAAAUAAAUUUUUUACCGCCCACGCUGGUGAGUCGGAAGAGAGUUUUUUCGACAGGUCGAUCAAACUCGAUAAAUAAUUAUUUGUUUUCUAUCUCCCGCAUGAUAAAAAAAAGUCGUACAAAGUGCGUUAAGAUUUGUCGAAAAAAUUCGCAGGCGAUACAGCAAAAUAAUUAUUUUGUUCUUUACGAGGAAAAACCAAGUUUUCCUUACGAAACAUAGUCGAUAUUGUUUUAUUUGAAAAAAAAAAAAAAAGGCAUUUGACGAAUGAAAGAGCGAACCAAUCCUCGGCUCGUUACUUCUCGUACGAGUUUACAAGCCGAUAUUCGUAAACAUUGAAACGAGUAAAGAGCGACGAUGAGGCGAAGCGAAGAAAGCUGGACAUUCUGAGGAAAAUGUAGCCAAAGCUAAUGUCCAUCGACGAAUGAAAAUUCGAUGAAAAGCAAACCACACGCGGGCACCCGCAUUCACGAAACUUAAUCAAUAUAGUUGAAGAAAAAAACAACAACUUCAGUAGGUAAUAGUAAUAUAGCUCGUGAUACGGAACAGGAUGUCUUGUGAUAUGAAACUUGGGCGUAUACUAUAGGGGUUUAUAUUAUAUAAUAGAAUAUAUGAAAAUAAUUAUUUUAUCGCGCUAAUGAAAAAAAUGUAAAUGCUAACAAAUGAAAAAAAAAAAGAAAUAAGAGAAAGAGGGGAAAAAACAAAAAGUGAAAAACAUUUAGCAUUUAAGAUCUGUCCGUUGAGUCGUAGCUAAUUGCUAUGUUAUGCCGCAUUAUAUAUUAACGAGGAGAACUUAAAUGAAGGACGCUAAAGGCGCGCAACGAGGAGUGGAAUUGUUGUAAGAGCGUGAUAAAUUUUAUCGUCUCCCCAGCUUUUAUUUACUCGAGACGAAACUUACUCUUCGCAUUCAUCCACACACACGCGCGCGCGCUCCCAAAAGUCCUUUCGCAAAUUUGAAGUAAUUUCUUAAACUCCCCCAGGCGACGAAUCGGAUCGAUAUGAUUUUGCCAUUUUAUUAUUAUUGCAUCGAUUCUCUCGAGACGCGAAUUUUUUUGUAUGUUUUUUGUAUGUCCAUUUCGUUCCAAUUCUUAGGCAUUUUAAUUAUUUUUACCAAUUUUUAUGGGCAGAAAAUUUAAAUGACUUCGUAACGUGCACUUUUUGCAUGAAUACGUGCUUUAGUUUGUUGAAUUGGAAUCUUUCAAAAAGUUAUGUUUGCAUUUCCUUCUAAUCAGGGCCAAAAAUCGUUCUAAGCUUUUGCAUCCUCCUCCGAUUAGAUCACUGCCUGAGGCAUGGAAAAAGUAACGCCUCGAUCGACACAUCACCUAUUUUAGAGGUUGCAUUUUUUUAGAAUUAUUCUUGACAAAAACUAGAAUAAAAUUAUUGAUUGAAUUUUUACCAGUUGGCUAAAAGAAUAAAUCGAAGGUUUUCGCACGGUUUUCAUGUGAAAGACCAUCGAUGUUUAAAGCUUUUAAUCAUUUCUACAAUUUACGUGAUUUCAGUUUCUUUCACGUAAACGUGAAUAUUCAAUUAUGGGAAAUUAAAAUUUUUGGCGUUUGCGUGUCCAACCUCUUCACUGGGAGGCCAAACUGUCAAAAAUAUUGCUGAUUGAGGUACUGAUAAAACAAGAAAAAAAAUAUGGACGAUAAAUCACGAUUUUUCGUGGAAAUCCUUUCAUUCCUCCUCGACAGGAAUUCAAAAUUUUUUAACCGUUCAGAGUGUGCCAUGAAAAGGCUGCGCAGGGAGAUUCUAAACUUUGUUUUUCUGUUAAUUUUUCAUUGUUUCCUCAUUGACUGUUGAUAUUUUAUUCCAAAUUUUUAACAUUUGAUUCAAAUAUCUUUUCCAGUUUCUAGAUCAUAAAAACGUUUGUAAUUGGACGUUGAACCAUCGCGGUAUUCAUUGCUGAGCAAUGUAAUUCUGAUGACAAAAGUGCUUUUGGAUGUUCAAGGUCAUCCAGUCCUGUAAAUUUUGAAAAAUGGACUUUAGUCUUCAAAAUUACAGCUUUAGAAUUGUAAAAGUUUUUUGCACCUUGAAACAGCAUUUUCGGGCCAUAACAGACCACCAGAAAUGCCCUCCUGACCCUCGAACCGUCGACCAGUGAAGGGGCUCAUCAAUGAACUCGUAAUUUUUACUUCUUUCCCGGUGUUGCAUGCACUUUUUACUAUUUAUCUUAUAAAUGUUAAUACUCACUUUUUAUUUCCAACAAAAGUAAAAAAAUAUUUUUCAUCACAGUCGCAGGCCACCCCCGCGUGUCGCGUUUGUGUGUGAGUGUGUACAUAUUACAGAAAUUCCUCAUUCAUAAUCACUGCCUACUUAUUUCAUAAAUUCUCUCGGUAAAUAGAUGACAGAUAAAAAGCGUAAGACGAGACAAGCGAAUUUGAGAUUUUGUUGUUCCUCGUGAUCGAGGAUGAGUAAUUUGUAUUAGUGAUCGAGAUUAAUAAUUGUGUGUCGCGAAAAAUUAUUUUUGCGUUUUGUGUCUCGAGAGUUGACGAACUUGCGUUCUGUGCUCGCAUCGGAAAGUCUCCGAUCGAGGAGAAAUUGUGUGUAUAAUAAUUUUAAUGGAAAUGCUCGCUUGGCUACAGAGGAAGCGAGAGAGCUAAUCAUUUUUGAAUUGAUAAUUUUUAAACGAUUGCACGAUACAUAAGGAGACCUUUUAUAUGAAUUUGUACUGCUGCGCCGAGCAGCACGCGCACGGCCCCAUCAGCAUUAAUUAUUCUACAUUCGAAAGUUUUUAAAAAUGUGUGUGAAAAGAGAGCACGAUUAUUGGCAAAUGCGUAUGGUGAUUCGUUAUUUCGUGUAUUCUGUAAAUGACUAGACGCGAGACACACGAGAUCGAUGGCUUUUCGAGUUUAAAACACUAUAUAUAUUAUCCUUUAAAAUUCAGUUGGUUAGUCGGUAACAAGGUUAUCGGCAAAGUCCCGCACGAACGCCCUCUAUAACGAACGGCAACGUCACAGUUCCGUGAGAAAUGGCCGCAGGUUUGGAAACGUUUCUCCUCCGGAAAGACACAACCGAUUGGGAUGCGAAGAGGUUAGCUCACUCCUGUCAAUUUUUGCACUCAGUAAUUCCGACGAUUGAUUGUGAAGUUUCGGAGAGCCUGAAAGGACAUUUUGCUAAGCUAUCUUUAAGUUCCGAAACUAAUAUUUCACGUCAGUAACCGAAAUUUUGUGAUCAAUGUUUUUUCGAACGAAUUUAUUGAACUGGACGGAAUUCAGCUCGGCCCGCGUUAAGGAAGAAAUUUUCGAAAACAAUUGGAAACGCUAUCGCUCCGGUAAAGAAAUCUACUGGAAAUCGAAAAUUCCAACUUCAAGAAUCAAGAGACGCGGUAGCGGCUCGACGCCAAGUAUUAAAAGGAAAAACUGCAGCGCAAAAGAAAAGCCAGUUGAAAUAUACACCGUGCAUCUAUUCCCAUAAUUAUUAUAUUUCGAAAAACAAUUUCGAAGAAAUUGAUAAAUUGCGAAAAUCAAUUUUAAUCGUUUCUUUGAUCAUCAAAAGAGCAAAACAGCUCAGUUUUAUGAAUCACAAGUGAUCUUGCUUAAAUUUUCCAAAAAAUUGCUACCACUCUACAAAAAUCUGGAAUCACGGUAGCGAGACUCGAGACAAGUACAUUUUUCAGAGCGAGUUCGCAUUCGGAGACUUUACAGGAGUCGCCGCGUUCAAUAGUUUCACCAUCAACAAUUCGAAACGGAAUCGAAGAUUGUAUCGCAGUUAUGGAGGUUAAAUUCAGUGCAACUUAACUCAGUUACUUCGUUCUUUAGCGCCCUCGAUAAUUGAAUCAACAACUGGGUCAAAAAUAGAGAAAAAAAAACAAAUAAUAAAUCCGUCAAUAAUUGAAGUUUUAAUGUUUCCACAAUUUAUAAUAUUUGAUGAUUUUUGUGUUACGUAAAAUACGUAAGUAACGUUUUAUUAAUUCAAACGGAUUUUUGAAAGAACGUUUCGUGUACUUAUUGUCGAAGAAUAUUUGAAAAACCUGAUUCUUGUACGUGGAUAUCGUAACGUUUCAAGAGAACGACGCUGAAGUUUCCAACGUUCGAGUUCAACGAAAUGAACGAAAAAAAACAUUUGUAAUUCACCAAUUUUUUAUUUCACGAGUCGUUGGUGCAGCUUGAAAAACUGCGAAUCGCAAAUUUGGCAGGGAACAAAAUAGGAGAAUUACUGGAAUUAUUGGAGAGUUUUUUUCGAUCAUUUCGUUGGACUCCAACGUUGGAAACUUAAGCAUCAUUCAAGAGAAAUAAUGUACGUGAAAUGGGAAAAUAUGCCGAAAACCUUUUUACAGUCUAUUCCGAUAAAAACAAGAUAGGCACACGCGUUUGAGAAUGUGUGUUAUUAAUAUUUCGAGCCAUGCAAGACUGAGAUCCGCCAAGGUCAACGAAAAAAGUCAUUUUGGUGUGUUCUUUCACUUCCUUAUGCGCGCGCGCGCUCUCCGAUACUUCGAGUUUACGAAAAUUCGAUUGAAUCGAAAGAGGACAGAGCGACGCCUUGAUAUACCGUGAUUCGUUUAGUUUUAAAGACAAUAGUGAAUAUAAGUUUCUUUCUUUUUCUUCCCCCGAUGUGUGUGUGUGGGUGUGUGUAUUUUCGAUAAUUCAGUGAUUUCGUCGGCUAGCUUCGUGUGGAGUAGUGCCACGAUUUUUGUGUAAUUCACGAGUGAUAAACCGAUGUAUAGAGAAGAAGUUGAAUAAAAAGAAAGAACGAAGAUCGAGCGAUGUAUGUAAAGCCCCGUGAAAGUGUUUCGUUCGUCGACAAUUAUAUACACACGUAAUAAUAAUAAUAAUACAUAUAUGAAUAUAUUUAUGUAAGCGACGCCGCGAUGGAAAGUUUGAUCUCUUAUGCUAGUGCAUUAAAGAUACAUACGAGCAGUAUAGUAGGACGAAAAUGAAGAAGAUAAACAAAAUGUAAUAACGAUCAUAAGAAUAGGGUAAGCACGAUUCUCAUUUGGAGACAAAACGCGAAUAACGAAAUUCCUUCAGAGGCGUUUUGCGCGUAUAAAAUGCUGUGUAUUACUACGGGAGAGAAAUAAAAAAUAGUUAUUGGUACGAAUGCUGAAUACCAUGUCAAUACACACAUUUGUAAUACAGAUCGAAAGAAGAUGAAAACGAAAAAGCACGAAAAUUGUAAUGUUUGUUGCUAUCUAUACUCAGUCACUGGGAACGCGUGUGCGAAUCUGAUUUUUUUUUGUCAAGUGCUCCUAUACAUACAUAUUGUUUAAGGAAUGAAUAAAUGCUGCUUAUUCACA